AUGUGCCGCAGUCAGUAUGAACUGUUCGCCGAUCAAGCUACCACCACAGAGUCAACAGGAUCAAAAUCUUUACCAUCGAAACCAUCACCAUUCGCACCAACACCAAAGCUACCACUAUUUGCACCAGUGCCAAAAUUUUCACCAAUGGCUCCAGCACCAAAGCCUCCACCAGAGGCUCCAACUCCAAAGCCUCCACCAUUUGCACCAGCAACAAAGCCUCCACUAUUUGCACCAGUACCAAAACCUUCACCAAUGACUCCAGCUCCAAAGCCUCCACCAAUUGUACCAGCACCAAAGCCUCCACCAAUUCCACCAGCACCAAAACCUCCACUAAUUGUACCAGUACCAAAGUUUCCGCCAUCACCGAAGUCUCCAUCAAUUGCACCAGCCCCAAAACCUCCAUCAAUUCCACCAGCACCAAAGCCUCCACCAAUUCCACCAGCACCAAAACCUCCACUAUUUGCACCAGCACCAAAGCCUCCUUCAGUGGCUCCAGCACCAAAGCCUCCAUCAAUUGCACCGGCAACAACCCCUUCACCAGUGGCUCCAGUAUCAAAGCCUCCACCAAUUCCACCAGCACCAAAGCCUCCAGCAGUGGCUCCAGCACCAAAUCCUCCACUAUUUGCACCAGCUCCGAAGCCUCCAUCAAAUGCACCAGCACCAACACCUUCACCUGUGGCUCCAGCACCAAAGCCUCCACCAGUUGCUCCAGCACCAAAGCUUCCGCCAUAGGCACCAGCACCAAAUCCUUCACUAUUUGCACCAGCAUCAAAGCCUCCAUCAGUGGCUCCAGCACCAAAACCUCCA